UUUCGAAUCAUUCGUCAACAGACUCUCGUGCGAUUCGGUUCAGCUUCAGACACACUCUAAACUAUCUCUCUGUCUCGCUCGCUCUCGCACAACGGCAGGCUAAGGCUAAGCAGCAGCAGCUAAAGCAUUCCGCUCAGUCAGCAUCACUGACAGUCAGCGCUUUGUUAGUCGGAGAGGGCAACAACAACAACAGUUACACUCGCGUACGCAUAACGGUUACAAUUUUUGAAAAAUUUUCGUGUUGUGCUUGCGGAUUUCUCUGCGUCUGUGUGUGCGCGUGUGUGUGCGUCUUGAUUGUUGUUCUUCUUCUUCGUCUUCUUCUUUUUUUUUGCUGUGCCCAAGCCCAAGGUGUUUGCAUCUGCAUAACUCGGCGACGUCCAGCCGACUGAGCCAGACGAAAGUCGAAUGUUUUGAAAUUAUUUUCGAAAGCAAAACCAAAACGAAAAGAAAAAAGAAAAAUCUAAGUAAACAAGUGUCAAAGCUGUGAGCAAAGGCAGCAAAUAGCCCAACGACAACAGAAACAACAAGUUGAGAAGAUACAAAGCGCAUAUUAACAUACAUAAGUGAUUGUAGACGUCGACGGAGCAGAGAGGCCAGGCAAGAUGCGUCGCUCCUCGUUCACGCCCGUGUUCAACCUGAGCACCCAAGAGCCGCUGAUAGUCGUCGAGGAGUCGCACGCCGUCGAGGACGGCGAGGAGCUGGAGGGCGCUGCCGGCGGCUGCGAUCCCAGCGCCAGCAAGCGCAGCAACAGCGACGACUCGGAGCCGGACUCGCCGGUCAACCCGUACCUGCUGUGCCCCUUCCCCGACAUGCAGCAGCGGCGCAAGCACUCGCUGCCCUCGCUGCAAAUCACUGAGGGCAUCACCGCCAGCCAGGUGCGCCGGCUGUCCGAGGUGGGCGGCGAAACGGGCGGCCUCAGCCCCAAGGAAGUCGAGUUUUUGGCCACGCUCUCGCAGAAGACCAACCCGACCGCAGGCGGCCGCCGCCAUUCCGUGGUCACCAUAUCGGCUGUGCCGCCAACGCUUUUCGGACGCAAUCGGCGCGAGUCCAUUUCCGCCGUCUCCUUCAGCGGAAGUCGUCGUGGCAGCGGCAUCGGCGGCAUCGGUGGCCCGCCGCUGACCGAUCAUCGCGGCAGCAUACACAACUUGCAGCUGGACAUCAUGGACGGAAUCGUGCAGCAGCGCAAGACGCGCAGCGGCAGCGGAGUCUGGACGGCACCCGUGCUCCAGGAGGCGGACAGCAACGUGCCCGUUCAGACAUAAGCGGCGCAAGCGCUCGAAAUUCACUGCGAAACAAAUUCACGGGCAACUGGACAAUUGGCAUGAGCGCAGGCUGUUUAAUAAUUCGUUUUUAUCGACUCCUCCCACACACACACACACACACACACACACGCACACGAACACACAGAAGCCCAGCCCCCCUCCAAAAUAACAACACAUCCAGAGCUGCUCGCUCUCAUUCGGUCCAUUUGUAUCUGUCACCAAAGUGCAAAAAAUUCCAUUUUUGUUGUUGUUUUUUUUUUUGUUUUGCUGCGACAACGCAUAGGAAAAUCAACAAACAAACCGCAAUUGUCAAAAUGAAAAUGAAAAUGAAAAUGGCAGCCGCAUCACGUAAACGUUGAAAAUGAAACUGCGGCAGGAAGMGAGAAACAGAGGCAGAGAGAAAGAGAGAGGCAGA